GGAAUAACCCUGACGACGUUAGCAUCACACCUGAAGCCUGAAGUGCUGUUUUGGUAACAACUUUCAUUUGGUUACGACACCCAAAUCAAUUAACAUAACAAAAAAACAUUUUAUAUUCUUCAACCAUAAUCAAUAUUAAAUUUUGACUCUCACAUACAAUUAAUUAUAAAAUUUAUCAAUUACAAACAGAAGUCCUGUACAUUUCAUCAUUCAAUUUUUUUCGUUACCCGUUACUAUCAUGUAAAUUACUACUGUACGAUUUAAAUUGUCUAAAAUCAGAACUUGUCGUUGCGUAAUAAAAGACUACAACUAAGGGUAUUAUGGGAAUAUAACAAAAUAGUCAAAACGGGUCAAAGUUACCGUCAAACCCAAAGUUGAAUAAGUACUUCCCAUUUAAACUUAAAGACCCAAAAAAACCACCCGUAUCUUUCUUAAGAUCUGUCUGAACUCUGAACUUCUCAAAGUACUGUCCUAAAAAGGUUUUGAUUUUUCAACAAAAAAAAAAAAAAAAAAUCUACCGUUUUGUUUUCUCCCUCCUUAAAUCGAAUUUCAGUUAAUUAGUUUUCUGAAAAAGGAGAUUAUAGUAAUUAAAUACCUGGAAAAAAGAAAAUGAAGAAAAAAACACCGACUCAUCCUAUGGGAGAAACGGACGAAAAUCUCGGUGCUGGCAAGAUUCCUUCACAGUCCUUUGCUGUUUUUAUUUUUUUCUUUUCUUCUUCUAUCUUUCUUCCUUCUUCUUCUUCAUGAGCUUAAAUCAUUCAAUUUUAUCUCUCUUCUUUUUCUUUUCGUUUCUUGCAACUAAAUUGAAAUAAAUCGUUUCUUUUUAUAUUUUCUGGAGAAAACAAUCACUUCACUCUUUCUUUCUAUCACCAUCAACCCACACCUUCUUUGCCCCUUAUGCGCCUCCAUCUCUUAUUCCUCUCACCUACCUUUCAACUCUCUCUCUCUCUCUCUUUCUUUCUUUCUUUUCCUUUUAAUUUCAUUUCUCUUACCUGAUUUCAAAUCUUGGCUUUCCUUAUUUCUUUUUUUUUUUUGUUUUCCUUCCUUUUUUUUUAAUUUUAGCUUGUUUUUUUUUUCCUUCAGUUUUUGUUUUGGGAACUAUUGAUGGGUUGUACAAGUUCUAAGCUCGACGAUCUUCCGGCGGUUGCUCUCUGCCGUGAACGCUGCGGUUUCCUAGAAGCGGCGAUUCAGCAACGUUACCUUUUAGCCGAAUCACACGUGGCCUACACUCACUCGCUCAGAGGAAUCGGCCACUCGCUUCAUCUCUUCAUCAACCACCACCACCGCUUCGUCGCUUCCGGCGGCGCUAACGGCGGCGGGGAUUCUCCCAGGCUUAAUCUUCCUCCCCAGAGAAAAGGCGACCCUGAAGAAGGAGGAGACGACGACGGAGGAAAUUCACCUGAAAAAGCAAAGCUACCUGCUUCCCACCACAACAAUCACGCUCACUCGGGUUCGGGUUCUGAUUCGGGUCAUCUCGAAUUCGAUUCGGAUUCCGAGGAUGACGAUGACGAGGAAGACGAUGAAGAUUUGGAUUCGCUGCAUCAUCACUCUCCUCCUCAACACCACCAUCUCGGAAAUUUCCCAGUACACGAGCCCGGGCCGUACAUGGAACAACCGGGUUAUACCCGAUACCCGAAUCCGGAAAUGAUGGGUCAUCUUCCUCCAGCUCCUUACCCAUCAGGAGGGAGUUAUAUGCACAUGAACUACAUGAAGAACAAAUCGAUGCCUCCUUCAGUCAUCUAUGAGCAAAGACCCAUUAGCCCUCAAAGAGUCUACGUUGGCGAAUCAUCUUCUUCCUCUUCUACUUACCCUUACAAUCCUUAUCCUCCCAAUUCUUAUUUCGGAUACUCGAAUCCCGGACCCGGACCCGGAUUCUACGGCUCUUCAGCUGCUUCUUCUGCGGCUGCUGCCUCGAAACCGCCACCGCCUCCUCCGUCGCCGCCUAGGUCUAACGGGUGGGAUUUUUUGAAUCCGUUCGACACUUAUUACCCUCCGUAUACUCCGAGCCGAGAUUCGAGAGAGUUAAGAGAGGAAGAAGGUAUCCCGGAGCUGGAGGACGACGAUUCACAGUACGAGGUUGUUAAGGAAGUUCACGGCAAGCCGAAAUUCGCCGCCGGUGGUAAGAAUCAUUCGAAACCAGCCGCCGUGUACAGGGAAGAGUCUCCGUCUCCGCCACUGCCUGCCGAUAAAUCGGGGGCCAGCACCAGCGGAGGCGGUGGAGAUGCCGCAGAUGCGUCUAUGUACCAGACGAGACCAAGCGUGUCGGUGGAGAAGAAAGGUGUGGAGUACGAAGUGCACGUCGUUGAGAAGACGGUUGUUGAAGAGAACGAGGAAAGACGGAGCAAUGCCACGGCCACACGUGGCGGUGGUGGAGGAGGAGGGCCACGUGCGGUGCCUGAGGUUGCUCAAGAGAUCGAGAAUCAAUUCUUGAAAGCUGCAGAGUCAGGAAGUGAGAUCGCCAAGUUACUUGAAGUGGGGAAGCAUCCUUAUGGUCGUAAACAUGCUUCAUCUAAGUUGUUGCACGGGGUUACUCAUUCGCUACCUUCAACCUCUGGAGGAUCAUCUUCUUCUGCUGCUGCUGCUGCGCCGCCAACUUAUGCAGACAUUGAAGAAGAGCUUGCUUCAAGGUCGAGGAAUCUCUCUUCAACAUUGCACAAGCUCCAUCUAUGGGAGAAGAAGCUUUACCACGAAGUGAAGGCUGAGGAAAAACUGCGUAUAGCUCACGAGAAAAAGCGAAGGAAGCUAAAGCGUUUGGACGAAAGAGGUGCUGAAGCUAAUAAAGUAGACACAACACGGAAAUUAGUGAGAGACAUGUCCACCAAGAUACGUAUUGCGAUUCAGGUUGUCGAUAAAAUUUCUGUUACAAUUAAUAAGAUAAGAGAUGAAGACCUAUGGCCGCAAUUGAAUGCAUUGAUCCAAGGGCUUACAAGAAUGUGGAAAGCGAUGCUCGAGUGUCAUCAAAGUCAGUGUCAAGCUAUUAGGGAAGCUCGAGGAUUAGGCCCCAUAAGAGCGAGCAAGAAACUCGGCGAUGAACAUCUAGAGGCAACGAGUUUACUUGGACACGAGCUUAUUAACUGGAUACUUGGGUUCUCAAGCUGGGUCAGUGCGCAGAAAGGUUAUGUGAAAGAGUUGAACAAAUGGCUCAUGAAGUGUCUUCUCUACGAACCCGAGGAAACACCAGAUGGAAUCGCUCCAUUCUCACCUGGUCGUCUCGGAGCCCCACCAAUCUUUGUGAUCUGUAACCAAUGGUCCCAAGCUCUGGACAGGAUAUCCGAGAAGGAAGUUAUCGAGGCGAUGCGCAGUUUCACCACGAGCGUGCUUCAGCUUUGGGAGCAAGACCGGUUAGAAACGACGGUGAUGGGGCACGGGGACUCAGAGAAGAGAGCUAGGAACAUGGACAGGGAAGAACAGAGGAUACACAGAGAGAUUCAAGCACUGGAGAAGAAAAUGGUUCUCGUGGCACCUGGUGAUGGUAACAUCAAUAGUCUUUCGAUAUCAGGCAACGUUGUGUACCAAAGCGAUACAAGCAACGAUAGCUUGCAAAGUAGUUUGCAGCGGAUUUUUGAAGCCAUGGAGAGAUUCACUGCUGAAUCUAUGAGAGCUUAUGAUGAUCUCUUACUGCGCGCUGAAGAAGAAACUGCUCCACGAGAACUCGAGGAAUGAGAAGCUAAUCAUGAGGAAAGAUCUUUGCUUUACCAAAUCAAUUCAAAUCCCCAUAUGAGCUGUUUCCUGAUCUUGCAAUGCCGGAACACUCGGUUUUGCGGUUUGGAAUCAUCUUUGUGAGACCCGGGCAAGAAGAGCCUCAUCAGGAUGAUGAUCGUGGAGGAGGGAGAAACCGGGGUAAAGAGGUGGCCAAUUGUUCGGUUAAGUGCAAUUGGCUCUGAACCGGAUGGUUUACAUGCCAUGUUUGAGAAAGGUUUGUUAACUUACUGUACCAAAAUAUAUAACGCAGGUCGCAGAUAUAUUAGUCGAGAGAGUAAUAAUUUUAUAAUUCGGACAGUGUGUAGUGUACAUAUGAUGCUUAAUUAGGACAAAACUUUUGAUAAUUCUCAACAAUUAUUUUGUAAAAUCCGAAGGUGGACUUAUAAUUCUUUGUUUCUCAUAGAUUACUAAAAGCGGUUUAAAAAUUAUUCCAAACGAGCUUGUUCUUCACUUGACUUUUGUUGUUCAUUUUUUUUAGUAUUUGAUACAGCUAGCAAAAAACCUGUAACUUAAAUUUUACAGAUUCUCUGAAACUACAACAAGA